UGGGUACCUGCUCCCCACAGGUCCGCAGUUCUCUCUGUCCUCUCUCCCUGCACUAUGUCCGCAGUUCUUCUGGUCCUCUCCUGCACUAUGUCCGCAGUCUCUGGUCAUCCCUGUACUGUGUCCGCAGUCUUGGUCAUCUCCUGUACUAUGUCCGCAGUCUCUGGUUCAUCUCCUGUACUAUAUCUGCAGUCUCUGGUCAUCUCCUGUACUGUGUCCGCAGUCUCUGGUCCUCUCCUGUACUGUGUCGCAGUCUCUGGUCAUCUCCUGUACUGUGUCCGCAGUCUCUGGUCUCCCUGUCUGGUCCGCAGUUCUCUGGUCCUCUCCUGCACUAUGUCCGCAGUCUCUGGUCCUCUCCUGUACUAUGUCCGCAGUCUCUGGUCAUCUCCUGUACUAUGUCCGCAGCAGUCUCUGGUCAGUCUCCUGUACUAUGUCCGCAGUCUCUGGUCCUCUCCUGUACUAUGUCCGCAGUCUCUGGUCAUCUCCUGUACUAUGUCCGCAGUCUCUGGUCAUCUCCUGUACUAUAUCUGCAGUCUCUGGUCAUCUCAUGUACUGUGUCCGCAGUCUCUGGUCCUCUCCUGUACUGUGUCCGCAGUCUCUGGUCAUCUCCUGUACUGUGUCCGCAGUCUCUGGUCAUCUCCUGUACUGUGUCCGCAGUCUCUGGUCAUCUCC